AUGAAUAACAAUGAGUUAAUUGAUCUUACAAAUACUGAAGAGAAUGUGAAACAAUUUUCUACAAACUAUCUUUUACGUGAUCAAAUCCAUAAUCCUUUUUUUAAUAUGAAUGAUACCAAUCACUUUUUAAAGAACAAUUUAACAGAUGGCAAUACAAACGUAAUCAUCAGCCAUGAUACCUUUGAUCAACCAACAACUACAUCUAAUAUUGUAGAAGCUACAUCUAAAGAACACAUUCAUAAUACUGUAGAAAAUCCUAAACCAGCUACUAUGGAAUCUUUAAAUUCCCUCUAA